AUGAGAUCUGAUUUUAAAUUCUCCAAUCUUUUGGCAACAGUUUAUCGACAAGGAAAUCUUGUUUUCACUGAAGAUGGAAAGACUCUAUUAAGUCCUGUUGGAAAUAGAGUUUCUGUUUUUGAUUUGAUAAAUAAUGCUUUCUUCACCUUUGAGUAUCAGCAUCGAAAAAAUAUUUCCAGAAUAGCAUUGAAUAAACAAUCAACCUUAUUGCUAUCUGUUGAUCAAGAUGGAAGAGCUAUUUUGGUUAAUUUCAAGUCGAGAACAGUUCUACAUCAUUUUAAUUUUAAGAAUUCAAUUCAGGAUUUAAAAUUUUCUCCAGAUGGUCAUUAUUUCGCUGUUGCAGUUGGCAGACUUAUUCAAGUAUGGAAAACUCCAGAUAUAAAUGAAGAUCGUCAAUUUGCUCCUUUUGUUCGUCACAGAGUUUACGCUGGUCAUUACAAUGAUAUAUUAUCCAUAACAUGGUCCAAUGAUUCCAGGUUUUUUCUAACAACAUCAAAAGAUAUGACAAGUAGAAUAUAUUCUUUGCAUUCUGAAGACAAAAAAGCAGCAAUAACCUUGUCUGGCCACAGAGAUUAUGUGAUUGGUGCUUUUUUUGAUAAGAAUCAAGAAAUUAUAUACACCAUCAGUAAAGAUGGUGCGCUUUUAAAAUGGGAAUAUACUGCCAAACCAAGUGAUGAGUCAAAUUAUACAGAAGAUGAAGAUGAAGUUGAAGAUGAAGAUGAGCAUAAUAGCGGUGAUUUAACCAAUAAAAAAAUGAAUUGGAGAAUAACAUCGAAAAAUUACUUUUUUUCUGAUUCUAAAGUAAAAUGUGCAACUUAUCAUUCUCAAUCGGAUAUAUUGGUUGUCGGUUUUAAAACUGGUGAAUUUAGGAUAUACGAAGCAUCUGAAUUCAUUUUGAUACAGCAGCUUUCUAUGGGUCAAAAUGCAAUAAAUAGUGUCAAUGUAAAUUCUUCUGGUGAAUGGCUAGCAUUUGGUUCUUCCACAUUAGGUCAGCUAUUGGUUUAUGAGUGGAAGUCUGAAUCUUAUGUAUUAAAACAGCAAGGCCACUUUGAUUCAAUGAAUUGUGUUUGUUAUUCUCAUGAUGGGUCAAAACUUGCAACAGCUUCAGAUGAUGGCAAAAUCAAAAUAUGGGAUGUUCAAUCGGGGUUUUGCCUAAAUACUUUUAGUGAACAUACUAGUGCUGUUACUCAAAUUCAAUUCAGUAAAAAAGGAAAUGUCCUCUUUUCGUCUUCUUUAGAUGGAACUGUUAGAGCAUGGGAUAUUAUUCGUUACAGAAACUUUAGAACCUUCACCACCAAUGAUAGAGUUAAAUUCACAUCAUUAGCUGUUGAUCCCUCUGGAGAAGUUGUUUGUGCUGCCUCCGAAGAUACAUAUGAAAUAUAUGUUUGGUCAGUACAAACAUCCCAAAUAUUGGAAACUUUAGCAGGUCAUGAAGGUCCUGUGUCAUACUUAGCAUUUGGAAGUGAGAAUUCUUCUGUUUUAGUGAGUGCAAGUUGGGAUAAGACUAUAAGAAUUUGGAAUAUAUUUUCGAGAUCUCAACAAGUUGAGCCUUUUCAACUAUAUGCUGAUGUACUAGCAUUAGCCAUGAGACCUGAUUCUAAACAGGUUGCAGUUUCCACAAUUGAUGGCCAAAUAUCUUUUUGGGAUAUUGAAAAUGCAAAACAAGUUGGAAAUAUUGAUAUUAAGAAUGACGUUAUUAGUGGGAGAUAUCUUGAAGAUAGGUUCAAUUCUAAAAAUUCUGCUAGAUCCAAGUAUUUUUCAACAAUAAACUACUCAUUUGAUGGGUCAGCUUUAGUGGCUGGCGGAAUAAACAAUUCAAUAUGUUUAUAUGAUAUUAAUAAUGGGGUUUUAUUAAGACGAUUCAAAGUUUCUGAAAAUAUGAGUUUAAACGGUACUUUGAAGAUGCUUAAUAGUAGUAAAAUAACAGAAGCUGGAAUCAGUAUUGACUUGAUUGAUAGAGAUGGUGAAAAUUCAGAUUUGGAUGACAGAAUAGAUAAUGCUUUGCCCGGAUCCUCAAGAGGAGGUGCAGAUCCAUCACUAAGAAAUGUUCGACCUGAAAUUAGAGUGAUGUCUAUUCAAUUUUCUCCUACCUCUAGUUCUUUUGCUGCUGCUUCAACUGAGGGAUUACUUAUUUACUCAAUUGAUUCCAAGGUUAUAUUUGAUCCUUUUGAUUUAGAUAUUAAUAUUACGUCGACUGAAAUAUUGAAACAGUUGAACGACAAAAAGUUUUUAAUCGCUCUAGUAAUGGCAAUUCGUUUAAACGAAAACCACUUGAUAUUAAAGGUUUUUGAACACAUUCCAUUUAGUGAUAUCAGAUUAAUAUUGCAAGAUUUUCCUGAAAUAUAUCUUCCUAAGUUACUAAAAUUUUUAUCAGAGUUCACAAUUGAUUCUCAGCAUAUUGAAUUUAACUUGACAUGGUUGGUGGAAAUACUCAAUAUUUAUGGCAAAUUCAUUCACAACAAUAAGUCUAAAUAUCAAAGCUCGUUGAGAUUGAUUCAAAGGUAUAUUGAAAGGACUGCGAGAAAAAUAGUAGAAACAUCUAAAAGAAGCCAAUAUUUAUAUGAAUUUAUUAGAACAACCAAAUAUAAUAAGGAUACAAUCAAAUUAAAAGAAGAUGCCUUUAAUUAUGAUGGAACCGCUGAUGAUGAAUCUAUCCACAGUGUAAAUGAAAGUGAUGAGGAAGGUGAAUGGCUUGGUCCUGAAUUAAAUGCAAAAGCCAAUAAAAAUUAUUUUUCUAACCUUGAUUCAGAUAGUGAAUAA